CAGCUAAUGUCUGGUAAGACACUUUAAUUCUUAGUCAAUACUGUUGCAGAACUGCUUAAUAUCUGAUUCAAUCAUUUUUGGCAUGUUUGACUGAACUUAAAAAAAUUAUCAUGACCAAUUUCUCUUGAAUAAAAAUUAUAGUGGCAUAUAUAAUUGUAAGAUGUCUUGACCAGUUCCAUGAUGCAAUGUAAACCAGCAUGUAUAGUUUUGCUAUAUGAUAUGGACUAUAUAAAGUAUCGGGCAUGUACUUUCCACAUAUUAUAACUUUUAAUGCGAUAUUCAAACUAUUAUAUUGUUGAAUACAUGAGAGGGUAGGGUUAAAGAUGAAAAGACAUCAUUGUUUUCGAAUAAUGUAGGGUAAAAGGAAUUAGUAUUUUUCAAAUUUUAAAAUUUUGAAAGGACCUUUUUGUAAAAGAUGACCAACAAUGGAAAGCAUUGAUAAUUUAUAAUAGUUUAUUUUUUUGUGAGUGUCAAAAGCAGUGGUCUAGUCUAGUCACAGGAGCCGAGGCACCUAACAUAACACCUCACUCUAUGAUUACGUGCUUCAAUCUUAUUACUAUGUGGCUAUAAAUAAUUACCCCCAAAAUUUUAAAAUUGCGGUCUUAUGAUUGACCCAUCUACAAAUAUUUGAUUCCACUACAUGGGAGAAUGAUUAUUACGUGCAAAUGUUUGAGGCAAAUUGAAUUAAAAUUUCAAUGAUUGGUGCAAGUCCACACCAAUGGAUUUUCAAAGACACAUGUAUGUAUGAUGUAUAUACCUUAUCCUUUUGUGAUUGGGUUUUCACCAUGCCCACAUGUAGAGAAUCAAUAAAUGGACCCCCAAAGAUCUUUCAAGCCCACAAUCAUAAUCAUACAUACAACUAUAAUCCUCCUCGUCCUACUCAUUCCAAAUCAAAUUACAUCAAAUCAAAUAUGGAGUAAACUACAAUUUAUGUAUAAGUUAACUAUUUUGCAACCCUACCUCUGUCCCCUAACUAAAACCCGUACAUGUAUAUAUAUACACAAUACCACAGCAUGUGAAAAGCUUAAUGUGAGAAUAGUGGUGAAUGGAGAACAAUGGAGUGAAUAGGUUCACGAAGUGCCUUGCUCUCCUCACAGUCUACUCUUGCCACUUCACACGUUACAUUCCUUAUUGUUAUGUUGCAUUCAUCUGUGUGAUUACAAGAGAUUGAGAUUGUGUUAGAAUCCAUCAGGCCUAGAUCAAAUAAAACUCAGUUUUUUAAAAAAUGAGAUCAUUAUAUAUGAUGCAUAUGCUAAAAAUAUAAUUUCAAAAAGUGAAAAAUCACUAACCUACAAAACACUAGUCUUUGAACCAUUUAGGCUCAAGUUUUUUCGUUGUUUUUUAUUUCUCUGUUCCAUGGUUCAUUUAUCACCAAUGUCAUAUAUAUAGCCAACACAGAAGGGAGACAUCCCCUUCUUUAAACACAAAACCAGAACCGUUGCAUUGCUUCUGAAACGAGAAACCACCAAGUUCAUCAUCAAUCUUCACUUGCAUUUCUACCAGAAGAGCUCGGAGUUUGAUGAUUUUAGUUUCCACCAUUGCUUGCCUCUGAAGCUUUCUAAACAAGUACUCAUUCAGAGAUUGCAGUCUCUUGACUUCGUCUUCAAGGUAUGCGGUGCGAGCCUUCUUCUUCUCCCUGUAUUUCCUCACUGCCUCUCUGUUCCCACAUGACCGCUUAUGUCAGAAUUAUCAUUCUCUUGUGAAUCCUGUUACACAAUAAAUAAUCACAUAAUCAGACAACCAUACAUAUCGUAUAAAAAGAAAAGAAAAUAUUUAUAAUACUGGGAUGAUGGGGGUGAGUGUGAGUGUGGAAGCAUGUGUGUGAGUGAGAAGCAUCAUCUGGCCCUGGAGGGUUGCAACUAUGAGUGUGGCUAUCUCUUCCAUCUUGAGUUCUUGACUAUGAUUCUAAACUUUAGACUUUCAAGGAAAGAACCUGGUCUGAUCAAAAUUGGAGGGUUUCUUUAUUAAAGGGAUGAUAGUGCUGAAGAAUAAGUUCUUGAUCAACAUAGUGGAUGAAUACAACCGUAGUCAACGCUUACAAAGAAUCAAAGCUAGAAACUUUUGGCUUCCUCUUAAAUAGUUGCAACAACAAAAGCUAUAUUUCAAAGUUUGAAGAUCCAAAUUCAAAGAUAGAUAUGGUUCUUGAUGUUGAGGUCACAGGAAAAAAAAAAGAAUUGCUAGGAGAACAAGACCGAUGAUGGUUUACCUAGAGAUGGUCUCGAUGACCAAACCUUACUGGAAGAGACAUAAGACGUGUCUUAAAGCAAUUAAAUAUUCCUAGAGGAAGAGACAGAUAUGGUUCUUUAAUGUCAUUUGUCAACUUGUUAAUGGAUAGAAAAUACAACGGAGACUUUCCUCAUGGUUUUACAUCGAUGCAUUGCACGUUUUCUAAGAUCCUAUGUCAGUUUUGUCGAUCUUUGUUCAUCAUCUUCUUCAUCCUUCCGGAGACUUGACAGAGAUGGUGAGUUUCAUCAGCGCGUGGUGUUUAGUGAUCAUCUCAUUGUGUUACACUCAUGUCGUUGCCCGAUUGGUUUCAAAAGGGAUGAGAAGGAUGAUACUAUUCAUACCAGUCUUCCUCUAUUUCUUCGUAGUUCCUUUAUCAUUGUCCAACAUACAUGCUGUCGGCAUCACGGCUUUCUUCAUCUCCUGGCUCGCUAACUUCAAGCUCUUUCUCUUUGCUUUAGGACGAGGUCCUCUUGCUUCAGACAGUAAACCCUUAUUAUCUCUCCCUAUUUUCUUAGCUGUCUCUUGCUUGCCCAUCAAGAUUCAUCUGAGCCCUAAACCUACCACAUCUUACUCAUCUAGAGAGUGUCUCUUGUAUUAUACCAUCAUGGUUACUCUUUUGGUUCUUAUGACAAAAGUCUACGCGUAUAACAGCAAACUCCCUGACAAAGCCGUAUUGACACUCUACGCGAUUCAUAUAUAUCUCUCCCUCGAGCUCAUUCUAGCUGCCACAGCCACCAUGGUUCGAGCCAUGUCAAGUCUUGAGCUAGAGCCACAGUUCAACAAGCCCUACCUGGCUACAUCACUUCAAGAGUUUUGGGGCAGACGAUGGAACCUGGCUGUCAGCGGAAUUCUAAGGCCUACUGUCUACGAACCGAUGGUUCAGCUGUUCUCUGUCUUGGGCCCGAACUGGUCGCAGGCCCCAGCUGUUUUCGCCACGUUUGUUGUCUCAGGUUUGAUGCAUGAGCUCAUCUUCUUCUACCUGGGAGGGUUGAUGCCGGAUUGGAAAGUAAUGUGGUUCUUUCUUGUACACGGGAUAUGCACUACUGUGGAGAUAGCUGUCAAGAAAAAAGUCUACGGAAGGUGGAGGUUUAUUCCGACAGGAACCAGCCGUGUUUUAACGUUCGGGUUUGUCAUGGUGACUGGUUUGUGGCUGUUCUUGCCAGUGUUUAAGCGGGGAAACAUAUUUGAGAGGAUUCUUGAAGAGUACGCACAUGCAGGCGCGGUUGUAUCCGAGCUCAAGAGCAUCAUCGCUUCUCUAAUUUUAAACACUUAAAAGAUUUAAAAAAAAAUUGAGUAUUUCUAUUGCUACAAAACAGAUCAAGAUCAUGAAUGUAAUAACUCUUUCUUUGUUUUU